CCAGAUCUUGCAAUUUCAUCACUUGAUUUUUCUUUCUACCUUGUUAUAUGGUAAUGGAGAAGCGUAACAAAAUGAAUGAAGUAAGACCCAGCUACUCCGACAUAUGAAGUCAUCGUUCAUUAUGAUAGCUUGGCACCGACUCAUGAAGACAAUCAAUGAAAAUGCAGAUCUUUCCGAGACUAAGAAACUUCUUGACAAGCUUGUUGUGCUAAAGCUGAAUGGAGGUUUGGUGGCUACGAUGGGUUGCACUAGUCCUAAGGAACAUGCCCCUUCAAUCAUCUUCAUGGAUGAGAUCAACAGUAUUGGAUCUGCUCGUAUGGAAUCAGGGACUGGCAAUGGUGAUAGUGAAGUUCAGCGUACUAUGCUUAAGCUUCUUAAUCAACUUGAUGGAUUUAAAGCAUCCAACAAGAUUAAAAUAUUUAUAUUUACUUUUUUCUUGUGAAUUGCUUGAAACCAUCAAAGUUCUAUUUUAUCUCUAUGUCGUACUCAUGCAGAAAUUUAUCUUCUAUCCAGGUUUUGAUGACUACCAACCAUAUAAAAAUUCUGGAUCAAGCCCUCCUCAGGCCUGACUAGAUUGAUAGGAAGAUUG